AUGGUUUUCAGCAUUGAGAAAAUCGUCAGACCUAAGAUCUUGACUUUGGAGCCUUACAGGUGUGCCAGGGAUGAUUUCCAGGAAGGUAUUUUACUAGAUGCUAAUGAAAAUACAUAUGGACCAACUAUUCAGGGGCUUUCAGAAGAAGAGGAGAAGUUAGAUUUGAAUAGAUAUCCUGAUCCUCACCAAAUCUUAUUGAAAAAGCAGAUUUGUGCGUACCGGAAUUCAGAAGCGCAAAAACCUGAAAGUGUGAUAAAGCUCCCAACGGAUGAGAAGGGUGCCCCAAUAAAGCUCAGUCCAGUGAAUCUUUGUUUAGGUGUUGGAUCUGAUGAAAGCAUCGACUCAAUUAUUCGUGCUUGUGUUAAACCGGGGAAGGAAAAGGUACUAUUGUGUCCGCCUACAUACGGUAUGUACGGCAUUUGCUGCACAGUUAAUGACGCUGAAAUUGUCGAGGUUCCUUUGAAUCUUGAGAACUUCCAGAUUCAACCAGACAAAAUCAUUGAGCAAAUAAAAUCCGAUUCCAGUAUCAAACUGAUCUAUAUUACUUCGCCAGGUAAUCCAACUGCCACCCUUAUCAAGCAGGAUUUGAUUUUGGAUGUGUUGAGUGAAAUUGAAAAGUUGUCAUGGGAUGGCUUCUUAAUUGUGGAUGAGGCAUACGUGGAUUUUUCACCUGUGGGAUCAUCCAUCUGCCCCUUGGUCAAUAAGCAUCCAAACUUAGUUGUGAUGCAGACAUUCUCUAAGGCAUUCGGUUUGGCUGGUAUCAGAUUAGGUAUUUGCUAUUCAACCCCAUCUCUCUCGGCUUUGUUGAAUGCAAUGAAGUAUCCUUAUAAUGUCAACAAUAUCACAAGUAGCAUGGCAUUGAGGGCAACUAAAAAGGAGUCCUUGAUGAAUAUGAAGAAAACAGCGGCUGUUAUUAUUAACGAGCGUGCUAUUGUACUAGAAAAAAUAUUGAAAAUCAAGGGUGUGGGAAGAAAUCGUGGUGGCUCAGAUUCCAACUUCAUUCUUAUUGAGAUCCUAAACAAGGAUGGUGUGCCUGAUAACAAGAUUGCACAUGAGGUUUAUUCCAAGCUAGCAACUGAUAGGCAAGUUGUGGUCAGGUUUAGGGGUAACGAAUUGGGCUGCAAAGGAUGCCUUAGAAUUACUAUAGGUACACCGGAAGAGAAUAAAAAGUUACUUGAGCAGUUUGAGGACGUGCUUUCACACGCUUUGGAGGACUAA